AUGCUGUACACCGACAGCGAGAAAGUGCUCUGCUUCCACGGCCCGCUGAUCUACUCUGCCAAGAUCCUCAAAGCCGAAAAAUGGACUGGCGAAGACAACGUCACUCGACAAGUAGGACCGCACUAUCUCGUCCACUACGACGGCUGGAAGAAGACCUGGGAUGAAUGGGUACCCGAAACACGCCUGCUCAAAUACAACGAUGAGAACCUCGCUCGCAAAGCCACACUUCAAGAAGCGGCGAAAUCGGGAUCCUUGACAUCAACCGAAAAACCAUCCACUUCCACCUCCUCCGCCUCCACCACAUCAGCCAAACGAAGUCGAGUCGCGGAAGAAGACCGUAAAACAGCAUCACGUAAGAGGGGGCGAGAAACGGUGGAAGCGGAGGAGGAAUUUCUCAAACGUCCCGAGGUGAAAAUCUCCCUACCGGACGAACUCAAGUUGCAACUCGUCGAUGACUGGGAGAACAUCACCAAGAACGGUCUUCUCGUACCACUCCCGCGCAAACCCUGCGUAAAAGACAUCCUCGACGAAUACCGCAAACACUACCUCUCCUCCAAACGCGAUUCCAAACAACGCUCCCCACAGGUAGUAGACGAAGUCCUCAAAGGUCUCAAACUCUACUUUGACAGAUCCCUAGGUCAAAAUUUGCUCUAUCGCUUCGAGCGAGCUCAGUACGUAGAGUAUCGCAAAAAGAACGGUCCCAAAAUGGGCGAUGGUGAUGUCGGAAAUGCCAGAAGCGGAAAUGGUAGUAUGGGAGGUGAUAUGGAACCAAGCGACGUGUAUGGAGCAGAGCAUCUUUUGAGGUUGUUCGUCAACUUGCCGAUGAUCAUCGUUCAUACUAGUAUGGAUGGCGAUUCUAUCAGCUUGCUCAAGGAACAUCUGGCUGAGUUCUUGUCGUAA